UCAUGCGGAAUGCGGACUUCUUAAUUGUCUUUCAUCCGGAUCAUAUUCAGAACUACGUCCUGAGGAUAGUCAGAACUCAAUGCUUCUCGAUAUACUUGAGCCUCGGCGUGUGCCAAUUCAUAUAGUUUUCUUGGAAAUAUGUCAAUUGAUACUCACAGGGAUUCAAACCUGUAAAAUUUACUGGAAGUGGACUAGGCCUUGGUGGGUUCAGAAUGCGUGGCGACGGUGGAUUUGGAGUUCAAGCUAUGUUCCGCUUGGUCCCAAUUUCACGCGUUCCAACCCGAAGAUUCCACUCGAAUUUUCUGAGGGCAGACUCCAAGUCCCGAAAACAUAUCCAAAACAUGACUGUGGCUCUACAAAAUAUAUGUCAUUUCUGCCUAGUGCCAUGGCAAAUCUGGCAUCUCCUGGGGCCCUCUCAAUGCCGAGCCGCGAAUUGGACCUAAAAUCAGUCCGCAGUUGCGAACGAUGGCCCCGGCCCGAAUUACUCAACUAUACUACUCAUACACUUCUACUUCUUGACAUACGAAUGAAAUAACAUAGAAAAGCACCAGCCAAAAAAAUAAGCUCACAUCAAAGUAACAUCGACAAAACACAAACAAAUCAUCAACAAAACAUAAACAAAUUCUAAACUAAUCAUUAGCAAAGCAUUCGCAUAAUCUGGCCACGCGCAUGGGCCCGGAAGUCCCAGGCCUCUCGCCAGCCCACAAGUGCGCGCCUGAAUAACCAUCGACCAUCUUGACCUACAACUUCUAUAAAU